AUGCCCCCACCACCCGCUCCGCCGACUGCCCCCAACGUCGCCAGCAAACCUGCGUUCAAACGGCAAAAGGUGCGAAAGGGCACCUUUAGUUGCUGGGAAUGCAAAGCUCGUAAAGUAAAAUGCGAUCUUAGGCCAGGCUCCGGCUCGGUUUGCAGCUCAUGCCACCGUCGCGGUGUUCAGUGCGUCAGUCAAGAAUUUGUGGAGGUUGGCGAGAAGAACUACCAGCAUGUCGGGAGACGCAUCGAUCACAUCGAAGAUUUGGUCAGCCAGCUGGUUCAGCAACGAUUCAGUGCGUCUUCUGCCAGCCAGAAAACGUCCAAGAAUUGGGAAGGAUCCUUGGUAGAUGCAGUAGAGACCUUGGAUCGUUCUAAAGGGUCUUUCUCGCCUUCCGUUUCGACAACCGGCCAACAAAUGCUCAAUGAGUGCUGCUCGCUCAGCGCCUACCUCCAUUCUCUCCUCCCCAGUCAGCUGGUUACCAUGAUUAUUUUACGCGAGUGUAAAUUUUUUCAGCUUCCGUUCCAUCUUGUGCGACACAAGCAUGAAAAGCUACGGUCUUUGAAGCCAACGACAGAGCGUCUUCAUCAAGUUUCCAAACCCCCACCACCGACAGCUCCUCCUAAUGUAUUCGCACACAGGCUCAUUCAAAUUGCCAUUUGCCUGCAGGAACUCGAUAAAAUAGAAUCCCAACAGCUACAGUCUUGUCUAAACGGGUCCGCGGUUGACGCUGCCAGUCGAUUCUUCAAUCUUGCGUCUCGCCAUGUUACAUCUAAAGAUGAACUAAUGGAGUCACUGGAGGGAUUAGAAACUCUCCUGCUUGAAGCCGGAUUUUAUAUCAACAUAGGAAAACCUCGAGCCGCGUGGUCGACCAUUCGCCGAGCUUUGGGCAUUGCUGAAAUCAUCGGCCUUCACAGUCUACGCAAGACAAUGGGUAGCCGCGCGGAAAACGUGUGGUUUCGACUUCAUUCUAGUGAUCGCCAUGUUUCCUUUAUGGUUUCACUCCCAUAUAACAGCUCUGAUAAUGGCUUUGCCGAUGAAAAUGUACUGUUAGGGAAAACGCCUGCCGAAAGACUGGAGCGCCACCAUACUGCCCUCGUCGGCCGCAUCAUUGUACGAAAUGUCCAUAUGCAACGACGCAACACUAGCCACGAAAACUACGACGACUACGUUGAGACCCAGUCGAUUGAUUACGAAUUGAAACAUUUGGCAAAGUCAAUGCCCCCUAAGUGGUGGGUAGAACCAACCCUCAACAGCUCCACCCCGGAUACAGACAUCAUGCACAACAGCGCUGUCCUUCAUGCACAAACUCAGCAUUUCUACCUCUUGGUUCUUUUACACCAACCAUAUCUCUUAAAAAGAUCAUAUUCCUAUCCCAUUGUCAGUUGCGGUGUCAUUGAUCAGGCUCGUUCGUUCGAUUUCACUUAUAGCAAGCUCGUCGCCCUCUCAGCCAGCCGGGAAAUGCUCUCGCGCUUUUUAGUUUUUCGAACCUUCCACCGCGGACCAGCUUAUCGAGGCGUUGACCAUAAAGGCUUCACGUCUGCAGUGACGCUUCUUCUGGCCCACUUGGAUGGGCAUCGCUAUGAUAAUGCAAAUGCACUAGAAAUUCACCGGCCGCAAGAUUUGGGGAUGAUUUUUAGUGUGAUGGAUCUUUUCAAUCAAGAUGGGCCCCGGGGGAAAAAGUUUGCAGAAACCCUUCAACGGCUUAUCGAAGUUGAAGCAGAUGCAGCCAAUGGGUCGAUAUAUUAUUUCGUUCGGAGCGAAACCAGCAAUGAUGCAACACAAAAUAACGGUCUCGACCUAGAGAUACCUUAUUUUGGAACGAUGUCUGUUCUGAAAUCGAGCAACACUGUCUUCCGGCCUGAUAGGGACUGUCUCGAUUUAUCUCUAGAAUAUACGCAAGAUUCUACACCUCUUGAUAAUUUCACCUCACUAGACUCGAGUAUUCAAGAUACAAUAUUCACGAUGCCGGGAAUGACCACUAGCGAUAACUUGGUGUCAACAUCGAAUCUUCAAGGUAUCAACAUUCUAGCUUCGCCCAACUACAGUUCUGGGUUUGAUUACACCUUUUUCAGUUCUUGGGUCCAUGAUGAUGAGUCAAUAUCAACGAAUGACUGUGAUUUACGACCAUAG